AUGGGGGCGCUGCCGGGGCUCCUGGUGCUGCUUGCUGCUGGGGUGCUGGCGGGUGCCCCGGUGCGCGAGGGGGCGCCGCCGCCCCGUCCCUCGCGCGUGGUGACGGUGCCGCGGCAGCUGAGCCCGCGGGCCGGCAGACCCCCGGCCGUGACCUACUGGCUGAAGGUGGCGGGGCGGCCGCGGGUGCUGCGCCUGCAGCCCCGGCGGGGCCUGGUCUCCCGGCCCUUCACGUUGGUCACCUAUGGCAAGGACGGCACCCGCCGGGAGGAGCACCCCUUCGUGCGGGACAACUGCUUCUACCAGGGCGAGGUGCUGGGCAGCCCUGGCUCCCUGGUGGCCCUCAGUGCCUGUGACAGGGGCCUCCACGGUGUGCUCUGGGUGGAGGAUGAUACCUUCCAGAUCGAGCCCAUCCCCAACGAUCCAGCCUUUCGGCACAUCCUCUACCGCAUGGAGGAGGCCAACAACCACAUGGGCCCUACCUGCGGACUGACCCCUGAGAUGCUGCAGCACCAAAAGGCUGUGCUGCCCUGGUUCAAGGCUCCAAAGGCAGAGGAGGAGAACGAGGAACUGAAGGACUGGUGGACACACAUCAGAUAUGUCAAGAUAGUAGUGGUCGUGGACAAUGUGCGGUUUGUGAAGUCAGGCAGGAACAAAUCCGAAGUCUUGAGGCAAGUCAUGGAAGUAAUCAACAUUGGGGACAUUCUGUACAAACAGCUUUCUGUCCGGCUGUUUCUUAUGGGAUUGGAGAUAUGGACCGAAAGCAACUUAAUAAAUAUUACUAGAUCUCUCGGCAAGGUACUCAGUGACUUUAACAAUUGGCGAAAGUCAAACCUGUCCCGACGGAUGCGCCAUGAUGUUGCUCACUUAUUUGCAUUCCAGAGCUUUGGAAGCACCCUGGGAUUGGCAUAUAUAGGGACAGUGUGUGAUAACCACUGGUCAUCAGCUGUUGCUUCCUUCACUGAAAAAAAGUUGUCCGGAUUUUUUAUCACAUUUGUCCAUGAGCUGGGCCAUAAUCUUGGGAUGAGCCAUGAUAAACCAGACUGUAAAUGCAGACGAGAGAAAUGCAUUAUGUACGAAAGCAACGCUGACACUGAUGCAUUCAGUGACUGCAGUUACAAAUACUACUUUGACCUGCUUGUAAAUGGCGCUGACUGCCUUCGUCAACCACCACCACCAGGCGCUUUCUACACCUCGAAGCGUGAAUACUGUGGGAAUAAGAUAUUAGAAAGUGGAGAGCAAUGUGACUGCGGUUCAGAAUCAGUCUGCAGAAAGGAUCCUUGUUGCCACCCGAACUGUACGCUUACUGUAGGUUCAGUCUGUGCGUCUGGAAAAUGCUGCAAGAACUGUAAGGUCCUUCCAGCAGGAACACUCUGCAGAGAAAGUACUGGCAGCUGUGACCUGCCAGAGUAUUGCAAUGGGAUUUCCCCUCAGUGCCCACUGGAUGUCUACCUACAAGAUGGAACCCCUUGCAAAGAUGGUGCUUAUUGCUAUCAAGGAAAAUGUUCUUCCCACAGUAAACAGUGCCAGGAUCUCUUUGGCAAACAAGCUAGGGCUGCUUCUUUAGAUUGCUUCAAAGCAGUGAAUACUCAAGGUGACCGGUUUGGGAAUUGUGGUAUUCAUGACAAUAUCCGUUUUACAAAAUGCAGUAUUGAGAAUAUCUUAUGCGGUAGGAUUCAGUGUGAAAACAUAGUCAAACUACCUCCCUUGCAGAACCAUGUAACGCUAGUCCAAACUCCUGUUGGAGAUAAAAAUUGUUGGGGUCUUGACUAUCACGUAGGGAUGCCAGGAGCUGACAUGGGAGCUGUGGAAGAUGGCACACCAUGUGGUAGUGAUAAGCUUUGUAUCAACAGGACGUGUAUGAAUGUAUCAGUGCUGAACUACGACUGUAACGUGACAAAGUGUUAUGACAGAGGAGUGUGUAACAAUCGUAAGAACUGCCACUGCGAGUAUGGCUGGGCUCCUCCAUAUUGUGAAUUGGAAGGAUUUGGAGGUAGCAUUGACAGUGGACCCCCUCCAGCCAGGAAGAUUUCUCAGAGAGCAAAAGUAAGACUAAUACUACUUACUUUUUUUUUUCUCUGUUUCCUUGGAGUAAACCUUACCAUGCGUUAUAGACAGGAAAUAGUAGGAUGGCUUAGGAGGAUAAAGGCCCAAUUCCACAGAAUACUGCAGUUAUUUCAAAGACUGAAAAAACCAGAAGUACCUAAAGAAGACUCACCUGAUGGUGAGUCAAAAUCUACUGAAGACCAACAAGCAAGAAGACCAAUGCUCCUGGGGAAAUCUCUCUUUAGCAAAGCCAUCUGAUAAUAUCAUCAAAAUAAUUCAACACAUUCCGAAUAGCUCUAAUCUCAUAUGAUAUCAUUAAAUGCAGAGUAAAAGUUAUCUUUGUUUAAUUUAAAUUAAUAAAUGUAGGCAUUAAGGCCUGCUGUUCUUUGUACGCUGAGCUCUUAAAUUGACGUAGUUAGGUAAACUGUAGGUAGAGUGUUUAUGCUUCAUAUCAACAGUUUAAAAAUGCAAACUUCUUAAAUAGAUAAGAUAAAUUAUCUGUAGAUAAAUUAUUUGCUUCAAUUUACUCCUUCAUCUAAUGCUUUCUUUGAUUCAGGGAGAGAGAUGUUUGUGAACAUCUUGCUUCUGUCAUUCGUUAACAACUAAAGAGAAAAUAUUGCUCUUGCAGUCUCCACUGGGUUCCUUCCAACACGAACCAUUCUAUGAUUCUAUGAUUUAAUUCGCAUCUGUGACACACAAACAGGCAAGAAACAGGUAUU